AUGUUCCGGUCACAUUGUCAAAGCCUCAAGAGAAGUAUUGAAGACUAUGAGCACAAAUUCGAAGUCGCUCAACAAGUCAGGCUUGAGAGUAAGCAAAAUCUCCAGCUGGUAAAUAAGCAGAGGAUGGAACUACUAAAUGAGAACAGAUAUAAAAGCUCUCUCAAUAGAAGAAGGAACGAAAUUAAGGAAGUACUGAAAGAGGCAAUCCGGGUGAACAUUUUAGCAAAGAAACGGACGCAAGAGGCUAGGGAGAAACAUAAGCUUGCCCUGAAGAAGGAAAGAGAAAAGAAAAUCCGUCUUAAGAUAGCUGAACAGCAAAAAGACUAUCAUCGUCUCAAAGAUGAAGCUAAAUAAGAAGCGACUUCAGAAGUUACUUAGGACUGAUACGAACGAUAUUGAAGAGCUAGAAAAGAUGUUACAGGACACUAAGAAUAUGCAAUAUGAUAAAAUGAUAGAAAAUCAGCAGCUUUUUGAGAAAAAUGCACCCAGUGUUUCAUUAACGCCCAAAUUAGGGUUCAAUAAGGGUAAUAAACAAAUUACUACAGAUGUCAGCUUUGAUAAGGAUGGUAUUCUUCGCUAUCCUUAUAAUGCUGAUUUAAAAAUACUCAAUAAUGGAUUAGGAGAAGAGUAUAACGAUCGCCAUCAGCAGAACUUAAAUUAUCUAUAUGGGACCAAGGCUUUUGAUGCUAUUCAAAAGUUAAGCAAAGAACAGAUUAAAGAAUAUCUUCCCCUCACUACUCUUGAUGUAGAUGAAGAAAACGACCCGGAAUGGCUUCGUGAUUACAAGAGAUUUUUGAAGACAAAUAAAAUUAAUAUGGACACAAAAAUUACUACUUUGAAAGAAGACUACGAUCUUACAAAAGAUCUGGAAGAAUCCAAGAAUUCAAAGUGGUAUUCCAAGCAGAAGUAUCGGCUUGUGAGGCAGCUGAGGAAGCAUCAGGAAAGCAAAUCUAAUAAUUCUGACAAGAAAGAGCUGAAGCUACCACCAAGCAAGCCCCCUGUUCAGAUUCGUAACGUUAGAGAUAGUAUUGGUCCUCUUAAAACUGAGAACAAUAAAGAAAAUAGUAAUUACUUUGAUAUGGAGCCUCCCAAAAUUAUGAAAACUAUUGAUACAGCCGUUGAAACAGAUCCUGAUAUCCUAAACCUUCUUGUGGAGAUGAAGAACGACCAGGUAUCCAACACGAAUCAGGUUGUCUCAAGACCUCGUGCUAGGUCCAAGCUGAAUGAAGUCCCAAAUACUUAUAAUAACAAUUACAGAAGUCCCAACAUUCAAGAAGAGGAUGAGGACGGACUCACUCAGGUUAGUCUCAAGGGGAGUAAGAAGAGUGUUGCCACAGAGAAAUAUAAGAGCAAUUCAUUUGAAAGAGUCUCAAGAAAUAAGAAAAAUAAAUUCUUUAAUAAACUCAAUUAUUAUGGCAAUGCAGGUUUGAACUAUCGAAAUGACCUUUCAUUGCCUAAGUCUUCAACGAGGUAUGGCAAUAAUAUUUCCAAACCAAAAGAGAAUAGUAAACUCAGGGAGAAAAUUAGGGUGAACGACCGCCUGCAUAUUUUGGAUAGGAUGUCAAGCUCCAUGCAUACUGAUGAUAAUAAAUCCACUAAAGAUUUUAGCGAUGCUCAGUCAAUUAAGUAUAAAAAGAUGCCAAGGUUGUAUAAUCCUUAUGAGAUCACCACUGGUACAAGACAGCAAAAGAUGGUGAAUAUUUCAAUGGGGCCCAAAAUCACUACAAAAUUAAUGAGUGAUAAUAAGAAAAGAAGCAGGAUGUAUGAAGAUCAGAGCAUUUUCAAUCUAAACAGGUCUUCACACGAAGUUAGUGAUGGUGAAAUGAGUGAUGAUUUCAAGCAAUAUAAUCUUGAUUACUCAUCCCCCAAUAUUUCACCUCUAUCAGUCCAGGAUUGAGUAAAACAAAAUAAGCAGCGUGUCAAGGCUGACAUUUCAAAGAAACUAAAGAAGAUCAAUAAGAAGUUAGAUUCCAAGUUCAAGCUCUCUCUGAUAGACAUUGAGCAGCUGCAGACUAAUUGAAAUCUAAAAUUAGGUGAUUGGGACAGAGAAAUCAAUGAAAAACUCCUUGUAAGGAUCAUGAAGGAGGAAAGAAGGAAGGAAUACUGGAAACGAAGGAUAAAAGUAUCCAAUCCGGCCCAAAAUAAGUCCCAGAUGCACUAACCUGAUCCAAUUUUCACUUUAAAGUAACUCAUGCCAAGUA